AUGCAGAGCACUGAGGCAACAGUAGAGGAUGUACCUAUUGUUACUGCCUCUUCGAGGAUUGCCUGCCCUGAAGGGUCCAAAAUCUAUGGCUCCUACUGCUACGGCUUGUUCCAUAUACCUGAAACUUGGUAUGAUGCAGAGCGGAACUGUCAGCAUCUGCCCUUGGGCCAUUUGGCAUCCCUGACAAAUGAGGCUGAAGCUUCUUUUGUGGCCUCCAUGAUUGCUGAGAAUGGAGGCAGCCGGGAAGCCAUCUGGGUAGGCCUCCACAACCCAUUAAAGAACCGCUGGCGCUGGAGCAGCAAUGCUCUGUUUACCUACCAAGCCUGGGAUAUAAAUGCUCCAAGUAUCAACUCUGACCUCUGUGUUAGCCUGACAAAGGGUUCAGGAUUCCUUAGAUGGAAUGAUGCCGAAUGUGAGAACAAAUUUUCCUAUAUCUGCAAGUUCAUAGCUCGGAAAUAG